UGAAAUUAUUAUUAUUAUUAUUAUUAUUAAAAUUUUAAGAACAAAAAACUUGAGUCUUAAACAAAUUUUGUUGCCUUUUUAAAGAAUAAAAAAACGGGUUUGAGAUUAAUUACUCUGCUCAAAAUUAAUACAAAUAGAGAAACAAUUAUAAGCGAGGACAAUCCGAAGAAAAGAAGAAUAUAACGAGUUACCUUAUCGCAUAAAAUUAUUACAAACAUAAGUUUAAAAAUAUAAAUAUAUAUUGUAAGGUAUAUAAGAAAUUCUGAUUAUAAAUAUUUAUCAAGAGAUAGAAAUACUAUUUAAAUGUCUAAUGUUAAAAAAAAUAUUGUUCGUUGAUGAUGCCGAGGGGAAAAUAUCCAAUUAAAAGAAAUUUAAUUAAACCUAAUAAAAAAUCUAACUAAUCAAUGAUAAGAGGAUAAAAAGAAAAAAAUUUUAAAAGAAGAAGCAUAUUUAAGAUAUUGUUGAACAUAUACAUAAAUAUAUAUAUAUACAAAACAGAGAAUCUAUGAAGAAAAAUCAAUUCUAAAUUAAAUCGAUAUUAGCAAAUAAGAUUGAGAGUUAAAUAAUUAUUGAUAAUUAUGAAUCAUUAAAAAGUAUUUAGUUGCAUAUGAGAAAUUUGAAGGCAGGGUACCCAGAGGAAAUAAGAAUCAAAUGAAGUUCACGAGUAUCAAAUAAUAAUUUUCGAGAGAAACGAACAAUUGUUUGAAUAUUUUUUACAUUUAAAAGAAAAAUAGUGAAGAAAGGUAUAUUGAAAGAGAAAUGGUGAAGAAAUGUAUAGAGAAAGCAUAAAAAUGAAGGAAAAUAGAAGAUUUUAAAAAAUAGUACAAAAAAAUAUUGAACUGAAGAAAAGUGGGAAGUAAAUAAAAGGUGGAAAUUGCUGAAGAAAGACGAGAAUCACUGAAGAAAAGUAAGAAGUGAAGAAAAGGCAAAAAUUACUGAAGAAAGAAAGAGACAAAGGCGGAAAUUGCUGAAGAAAAGUAGAAAGUGAAGAAAAGGCAAAAAUUACUGAAGAAAAAAAGAGACAAAGACGAGAAUCACUGAAGAAGAGUAGAAAGUGAAGAAAAGGCAAAAAUUACUGAAGAAAGAAAGAGACAAAGGCGAAAAUCACUGAAGAAAGAAAAGCAAAGAAAAAACGAGAAUCACUGACGAAAGAAGAGGAGACAAAGGCGAAAAUCACUGAAGAAAGGAAAAGAAAAAAGAAGAAAAGUAAAAAAAAAAGUCUUAUCAGUGUUUUCAGAAGACAGAAUAAUGAAUCUCGAGGUAGAAUUGAUAGCCGGAGUGGUGAAGGGUGGACCUCCCCCUCCCCAUCUGCCAGCACCACGUCUCAUCAAGAUAUUCAUUGCUGGCGAAAGAGACGAAUUCGUUGAGGAGCGGAAACAACUUUUAGAAGUCGUUGGUCCAGAGUUGCAAUCAAUUUACGAUGGAAUGGGAAUCGAGGUUUUAUUGGUUGAUAUGCAAUACGGUACAAUUCGUAAUCCAGAUGCGGAUCCAAGAUUGGCUGAAUUAUUUUUGGAUGAGAUAAAUGCAUCUCAUCGACAUUCGAGAGGUUGUUUUCUCCUGCUUUUAGUUGGUUCGGAUUACAGUUCAGGAUGGGUGCCAACUGUACUGAAAAAGGAAACUUUUCAGGCUUUGAUUGCCCAUAACGACCAUCUGGGGGAAUAUUACGAGCUCAAUGGUCACAGUUACAAUUUAAAGGCCACCAGUGAGGAAACGGUUCAGGAAGCUUGGCAAUUGGAGCGGGAAACGAAACUCCGAGAGGCACUUAUCUCAGCGGCGAAGUCACUUCUAGUCAAGGAUCCCGAAAACUUGGAUGCAAAUUAUAUCCUCAAAAGCUCGGCUGAACGACAGUUCGAGCACGGCCUAAGUUUAAGCGAAGGCAACGAGGGAAUAGUGACGGUGAUUCGCACAUGGUCAGGGGGUGGUCCCUACGUGCUGGACGCGAUAACAUUAUUGAAAAGCCGCGUGGAAUCAUCGUUACCCGGGGAUAAUGUAAUUCGACUCGAGGCGGAAUACAAAUCAGGCGGUAUCGACAUUGAGUAUCGUUCCCACGAGACUUAUCUUGGAAAAUUGCGCGACACAGUACUCAACCGGAUUCAGUAUCUCGUCAACCUAUCCGUGGAAAACGAUCCGGAAAUUAAGAGUCGGAAGAAAAUGGUGCAGGAAGUUUAUGCCGAGAGUCUUUCCCAUCUGUCACUUCUCAGGGAAUCGAGAGCGGUCGACGAGACGGACGAAACUAUUCUCUGUAUUAAACGACGUCUACUAGCAGGUAAGGACCAGAAGCACGGACCAAUAUUGAUUCGUGGCCCCCGUUGUUCGGGAAAGUCGGCAAUUUUAUCGCGUGUCUAUGAAAGUUCACCGACUUGGUUUGAAGUGCCAACAUUGAGAGUGGUGAGACUUUGUACAUCGACACCGCGAUCGGCUUACAGUCUCGAAUUAUUGAGAAUUCUCUGCGAGCAUGUGGGAUUCCUGUCGGGUAAUAAUGAUGGGAAUCUUCCGCGUGAUGCGUCAUUCGAUCCGCUUUACCUCAACAAUUGGUUUAAUCAAAUAAUGCGAAGGAUAGAGGAGCAACCAUUGUCCGAGCAAUUGGUGAUAUUGGUCGACGAUUUACAUCGAUUACAUCCAUUGGAAUGUGACAUUGUCGCCGCACUCUCAUGGUUUCCUGUCAAUUUACCUCAGGGGGUACACUUCGUAGCAACGACUGCAGUGUCCCCGGAAGCACUGCGCCUAACUCCGUUACAAAAGGAGAGGCUGAGAAGUACUGACAUAUUGAUCCAACUGCCAGAACCAAAGGGAGAAAUUCCAGACGUCGAUAAAGCACUGGACAGUCUUGAGAGACUGAUCGGUACGAAAGCGGCCAACCGCCUAGGAUCCCUACUAGCUUGCACCGAAUACGGACUCUCCGAAACGGAAAUUCUGGAACUAAUCAUGCCCACAGGGGAGGAGAGUCCACUAACCCUACAGGAAGGUCAGUUUAACUUUGCGACCUGGUGCCUAGCGAGACGUACCCUGGACCCUUGGUUAAAGAUCCGAGUGAUGAGCGGAAGACUCAUGUUCAGUUGGCGCUGGUUGAGUAGAGAGACAGCCCGCAAACGGUAUUUGUCAAACCAGGAGGUAGCCAAGUCCAGUCACAUCGAGUUGUCGAAUCUCUUCUUCAUGGAGGAGAGCGAAGAAAGUGAGGAGAAAUCGCCAGAGGAUCCGGCUGAACCACCAGCGAAGGAGACACCAUUCCAGAGUGCACCACAGACACACGACAAUAUUACUUACACUCUCCGUCAUGUCGAGGAAGCCUGGCUUCAUCUUCUCCAAUCAGGUGAUGUCGAUCGCUUAAAAAAACUCGCGGUCUGUGCCUUCGAUUUUCUCCUGGCUGGUGUUCAGAUGAUCUCUGUCAGUUACCUUCGCUGCGUUCUGGAGCACGCUAGACGCUACCUUCUCGAAAGGGAUCUUGAACUCGUCUAUUACGCUGUGAGAAAGUCCAGCGAUAUUCUAACCAGGGAUCCACUUCAAUUGGGAGCACAGCUUAUUUGUUGGUUGAGAACGGUCGCCGAGGAUGACAGCGACCUUGUUUCAAGAAUGGUCAUGGCCGCUAUGGCCUGGUGUGACGGUUUCACAGCUCCUCUUCUAGUGCCCCUUAAUGGCUGGCUACAACCACCGCUCCCUUUGCAAAUUCGUGCUCUCGCGUGUCCCCAAGGUGUUAAGUUUGUAGAACCGGCGCCUUCGGGUCAACAUGUCGUGGUCGUUCCACCUCAGGGUGAUGCCCAACUCUGGCACGUCAUGUCCGGGCAACUUGUGCAUACGUUCAAGGGUCAUUCGAAUCCUAUUUCUUGUCUGGCCGUCACGCAACAGUCGCAGUACCUAUUGACCGGAUCAGAGGACACUACUAUCAUUGUCUGGGAUAUGCAGGAAUUGACACUAAAGAGGAAGAUUUGCGAACAUAUUGCUCCAGUGUUGGCGCUUACGCCGGCGUUGAAUAAUUCCGUCAUUGUUAGUGGUGGUGAGGACUCGAGGAUUAUAGCAACGAGUCUAUUAACCGGUGAGGUUCUCAUGAGGGUCGAUCAUCAUCGGGGACCAGUCACGGCAGUAAGGGUUGAUGCGGCCGGAGAGGUUUUGGUGUCUGGAAGUGUUGACGGAACCGUCUGCUUGUGGUCUUUAGAGACUUUCACUCUGCUCAACAGUAUUCCUCUUCCCAGUCCCGUUAUGAAGUUGGACGUUUCCGAGGACUCCGUGUUUCUACUAGCUGUCUGUGAGGACCAGAAGAUGUAUCUCAGAUCUCUAGCCACCGGGACCGAGAUCCACACACUUAGGGGUCAUCAAGGACCGGUUAGGAGUAUCUGUCUAGCUAAGGACUGUAGGAGAGCGAUAGCCGGAGGACCUGAGGGAAGAGUUUCCAUAUUCGAUAUGCACAAGGGUCGGCUGAUGAAGAACCUACCGGCGAAUCCAUCGUCGGACAUAACUUGUGUGAAGGCGACGGAGAAGGACGAUUUUCUCAUAACCGCCGGCGGGGGGAGAGUGACCUACUGGAGUUUUCGAAGCGAGGAGGCUAGACCGAAGCCGGGAAAGAAGCAGGAGUCACUGCAGACGCACACGGCUCCGAUUUCUUGUCUAGAUAUCUCAAGGGACGGGGCGAUGGCAGUUACAGGCGGGGUCGACUCCCUAGUUAACCUCUGGCAAUUAAAUACCCAUGAAUUGUUGUCUACUCUCGAGGGUCAUGACGCUAGUGUCACUUGUGUGGCAUUCUCAGCCUCGGGUUUAUUUGCAGCCUCUGGUUCCGAGGACAAGACGGUUAGGGUCUGGGGUUUGACCCUUGGUCUUGUGGUCGCGACUUUUCGACAUCAGGCGCCGGUUACUUCUGUUAUUGCAAUGUUGGAUGGACGGAGGGUCGUCAGUUCGGAUCGAGGAGGGUCCAUCCGAGUCUGGGCGGCUGAUAGUGGAACCCUAAUCCAGUCGGUCUGCGGUCCUGGGAGGUGUUUCUCGGUCACGUCCGAUAUGAGAUACGCAGUCUGUGGGAGUGGCGACAAUCAAGUCCAGAUCAUAGGUCUCGGUGCGGGUCCAGAAGAAAAGCACCAAGUCUCCCAUUCGCAGGACAUCACUUGCCUGGUCGUGACCCCGGACUCCCAAUCCUUAAUCACAGGCUCCAGGGACAUGAGCCUAAAAGUAUGGCAACUAGCCGGAGGUAAACUAUCCCAAGUCUUGGUUGGCCACACGGAUCACGUCACAUGUGUCGCAGUCGCGGUUUUGGACAAGUGUAUCGUAGUCUCAGGCUCCAGGGACGCGAAUCUAAUAGUUUGGGAUAUUAACACAGGGGCUGAUUUACACACCCUGACAGGGCAUUUGGGUUACGUGACUUGUGUUCGUUUAUCAGGGGACGGAACUCUCGCGGUUUCGGGCAGUGAGGACAAGAGUCUGAUUGUUUGGGAUACGAAGAAGGGCACAGCCUUGAGUUCAAUUAUGCUGCAUGUGCCGAUUUUGGGAGUCGAAAUGUCCACGGAUUGCUCACGAUUGUCGCUCUAUUUAUUGGAGCAUAAGUGUAUGCCGAUUCUUUGUUUGCAUAAUACGCCGGCGCAGUACGUGAAAUUGCCGUCGUAUGUCGCGCCUAGGGAUUUGAGACCACCGGGACCGAAACGACCGGCUAGGAGACUACUGAAGAAGGAGGUGUCGCUUGAUACUUAUACUUGGCAGAAGAAGUACGGACACCUUACGUCAGGAAUAAUGGUAGCAUCAGUCGAGGAGAGAUUGAAGAGGAGAUUUAGCGUGAGUGCAUCAAUGGAGGAGAUAAGUAAGGCCGGAUUGACCGGUUCGCAGUCGGGUCUGGGGCCUGAACAGGCCGCUCUUGCUCAAUCACAGCAUUUCGAUCAGCUUGAGGCUAUCUGGAAUAAACAGUCGCCACCGCCUAGGCCACGUGGUCUCGCCAGGACUCUAACGAAACAGAAUUCCCUUCAUACGACAAGAAUUUCCGAUUCCGAGGAGGAAGGUAGACGAACAGUCUCGUGCAUCGCCUCCUGAUCCCGCUUGCACAAUUUGUUUCGGCAUUUUAGUCUAGAUUAUUGAUAUUGUUACACAACCCUCACCAAAAAAUUGUCUUCUGUUCUUUUCGAUCCUGCUUUUUAUAUUUGUGCGAUAGAAAAGGACAAAAGUAUCCCUAUAGUUAGUCCACACGUAAGAAUUGCGUUGUUCACAGAUUUGCCUGGACUUGCAUGCUUAGUAUUUUUUUAAUUCCUGUAAAAACUGACACAAGUAUUUUUUUUCUUAGUAUUUAGAAAUGGACUGAGAUUUUAAUUCACGAUUGCCAGAAUUCAGGUGGUAUGAACUGUACUUAAGUUUGUUUGUGAAAAAGUGACCCAACCCUGAGGUAGUAAGUUAUUUAUUUCAACACAGCGUCAUUCUCGGUCAUUUUCUUCUGGACUUCAAAGCGUGAUGUAAGUAAUCUUAAAAAUAAUAAUUCUAUUAACUUGAACAAAUUAAUGUAUUUAAGUCAAACGCGUGUGCAACGGAAGAAAAGAGACCUAGUUCGUCAUAAGAUUCGAUUUUACAUUCUGGCAAUCCUGUUUUAAUGUUGUGAUUAUAGAAAAAUUGUUAGAUUGUAAAAAAUGCUAGCAACGAUUAUAGAAAAUGCACUAAAAUUAGUUUUUAUUAAAAGAUAUUUUUUUUCAGUAUUUGAUGACACUAGCAUGACGAAAUAUUUCGGCAUGCGAUUUUUUUUAUACCAAAAAAGAAGUUUUUAGUGAUUCGUAGUGAUGAGUUCAAACAUAGUUUUCAAUUUAAAGAAAUUUAAUUUUUUUUUUCAUCCACAAGCGUCAUGAGAAUUUCAAAGGGGACAAAAAUUCUAUUACAGAUCUUCCAGGCUAGUCAGAGAUUCUCAAAGGGAAGAGAAUUAAAUGUGUAGCAGGUCUGCCACAACUCUUUCAUCUUUUCGACCGUAUUUCCUACUAUCAAAUAAUUUCAUGUUUGCAAAAAAAAAGAAAUGAGAGAAAAGAAGAAAACUUCCGUUAUGAAUAUGUUGUGCAUUUUUGAGUACAAUAAUGACGUCAAUAAGUGAGAAAAAAAUUACAAUUUUAUUAUAAAUAGUAUAUAUGUAUAAUCUACGAAAACAAGAGGUGCUCUAAUACAAGAAUUAUUUUUCUGUUAGAUAUUAUUUUUCAAAUUGUCUAUACAUAUUAAUUUUUCAGUUAAAAAAGAAGUAUUUGUUUGGUAAUAAAUUAUUUAUAAUUCGU